AUGGCGUCCGAGGUGGUCUGCGGGCUGAUCUUCAGAUUGCUUCUUCCAAUAUGUUUAGCAACAGCUUGCUUGUUCCGGUACAAUGGGCUAUCAUUCGUCUACCUCAUCUACCUCCUCCUUAUCCCCCUCUUCGCUGAGCCCACCAGCACAACCAUGCAGGGCCACACGGGGCGCCUGCUCAUGUCCCUGUGCUUCAGCAGUCUCAGCUUCCUGCUCUUCCACAUCAUCUAUCAGAUCACUGUCAACAGUCUACUGGCCGGGAACAACAUAGACCGCGCCUUCAACUGUUCAACGUGGGAGAAAUCUAUACGUCAAAUUGGCUUCGAAAGUGUGAUAGGUGCAGAUGCAGGGAACGGUAUCCGUGUGUUCCUCCCUGACAUAGGGAUGUUCUUAGCAGGGCUGGCCUGCUGGCUGCUGUGUCGUAGUCUGUUUCAGAAGAGACCGCCAGAGGACAUGGCCCAGGACAACACUGACUACGAACCGGAGGGAGAGGAAGAGGAAGAGGAAAAGCUGAGCCUUGAUGACAACAUCCUGUUGGAUGAGGACUUUGAGGCUGGGUACGAGGCUGGAGAAGAGGAGGAGGAAGAGAUGGAGGAGGAAGAGGGGGAAGAUGAUGAAGAGGAGGAGGAGAGCAACAAGAUGAAGAUUCUGCGUCACAUUGCGGGCGUGGCGUCUAAAGUGAAGGAGAUCAUUGGGAAUCUGAUCACCACCGCGGGAAAAGUGGUGGUCACUAUACUGUUAGGAGUCACAGGUAUCACGCUGCCCUCCCUGACGUCUGCGGUCUAUUUCUUCGUGUUUCUGUUCCUGUGUACGUGGUGGUCGUUCUGCCGCACCUUCGACACCCUCAUCUUCAGCUGUAUGUGUGUCCUCAUGGCCAUAUUCAGCGCUGGACACCUGGUCGUCCUCUACCUCUAUCAGUUUCAGUUCUUCCAAGAGAGCAUCCCUCCAGAGGACAGCUACAUCAGUCUGUUCGGCAUCUCAUCCAUCAUCCAGACUGACUGCUCCUCCACGUGGAGGAUGAUAGUUAACCCUGAUCUGGCCUGGUACCACUUUGUUAACCCCAUUAUGCUGCUGCUGCUGUACUACACCCUGGCCACUCUCAUACGCCUCUGGCUCCAGGAACCUAUAGAGGAGGAUGAAGAAGAGGAGGGAGAGGACGGAGAGGAAGAGGAGGAGGUGGUUGGGAACGGCACCAGGAACUCUGCGGACAAGAGGAGACAGCUGUGGUGGAAAGCUCACCAACGCACAGAGGAAAGAAACCUGCUUUCUACCCAGGAUGGCUACAGUACAUCUGAGGGGUUGGCUGCAAAGUCCAACGGGACGUCUUGUGACAUCUCCACCCUAAACUCGGUGGAGAAUAGACCGGUCGGUCUGGACCUGUACUCCACCCCACAGUAUAAAAUGGACCAAACCAAUGACAUUACAGAGAAGAAGAAUGGAAGUGUGUAUGACGUCAAUCCAACCGUGGGUGGAGAGACUGCUGGGAUGGAGGAGGAGGAGGAGAAGAAGGAACAGGGCGAUGAGGACGAGGAGGAGGAGGAGAAGGAGGGCAGAGUGAAUGCUGUAGUAACAGUGUUCAGGUUCAUUAUGAAGCAAAGCUAUAUCUGUGCUCUCAUAGCCAUGAUGGCGUGGAGCAUCACGUAUGUUAGCUGGCUGACGUUUGUGUUCCUGAUGUGGUCGUGUAUGUUGUGGAUGGUGAGGGACCGUCGUCGUUACACCAUGCUAACCUCUCCCUUCAUGGUGCUCUACGGGAACCUGCUCAUUGUGCUGCAGUACAUCUGGAGCUUUGAGCUGCUGGAGCCCGUGCCUGGACUCUUCCUCAAGAAGGACGUGCCCUUCAGUGAACUGGGAUCCAAGGUCCUGUGUCUGUUGAGCUUCUGGCUGCUGCUGAGACAGACUCUGACAGAGAGAAAGGACAAGCAGAGAGAGGAGGAUGCUGUACUCACUGACGUACAUGUGGAUGACCAACCCAAGAAGAAAGAGGAAGAGGAGGAUGAGGAAGGAGGGGAGCAGGAUAUCAUGCAGGUUCUGGGGAACAUGGUGAUGGAGAUGCUGGUGAAAUACUGGAUCUAUAUCUGUGGAGGGAUGUUCUUCUUCGUCAGCUUCGAGGGACGCAUGGUCAUGUAUAAGAUCAUCUACAUGAUGCUCUUCCUCUUCUGUGUGGCGCUCUAUCAGGUGCACUAUGAGUACUGGAGGAGGAUCCUGAAGUACUUCUGGAUGUCUGUGGUGGUCUACACCAUGCUGGUCCUCGUCCUGGUCUACACCUUCCAGUUGGAGACUUCUCUACCCUUCUGGUCUAACAUGACUGGCAUGAGCAAAGAGAAACUGAUGGACCUGGGGCUAGAACAGUUCUCCGUACCGAUGCUCUUCACACGUAUCUUCAUCCCCACCUCCUUCCUCCUGGUGUGUAUCCUUCACCUUCACUACUUCCAUGACCGCUUCCUGCUGCUCACUGACCUGAAGGCUGUGGCCCAAAAACAGGACAGCACCAUCUACAGUCAUGCUAAAGUCAAUGGUCGCGUGUAUCUGAUCAUGAACAGCAUCAAGCAACACAUUUCCUCUCCACAGAGCAAACUGGUACACCAGGAUGGAAGCCUGGCUGACAUCACCAUGCUCAGCAUCUCUUCUGGAGAAGGAGUGAUACGAGCAGACGACAAGAAAGAGAAGAAGAAGGAGGGAACCCUGGUGGUGGUGAUGCAGGAGAAAGAUGGAGGGAUGAAGCAGAAAGGAGGCCUCCAUCAGUCUAUAGACCUGCGUCAGUCAUUCGGAAAGUCGUUUGAGUUGCAUCAGUCGUUCCAUAAGUCGUUUGAGUCCAGUGCAGGGUCGGGGGGGAGUGGCCAAUGCAGUGUGGGAACUGAGCCAGAUCCCUCCACAGAAAACACUACCUCAGACCUAAAGAAUAAGUGGCACCUGGUGGUGGACCGUCUGACUGUGCUGUUCCUCAAGUUCCUGGAAUAUUUCCACAAGCUGCAGCUCUUCAUCUGGUGGCUCCUAGAGAUACACAUCAUCAAGAUCGUCUCUUCAUAUAUCAUACUGGUCUCUGUCAAGGAGGUGUCCUUGUUCAACUAUGUGUUCCUGGCGUGCUGGGCCUUCGCUCUACCCUUCGGUCAGUUCAGACCCCUGGCCUCCAGUAUCUGUACAGUCUGGACCUGUGUUAUCGUCGUCUGUAAGAUGUUGUACCAACUGGAAUCUAUACAACCUGCCUCUUACUCCAAGAACUGCUCCAUGCCAAUGAACUACACAGACAAACAGAGAGAAGAGAUGAAAGACUCUCUGCUGUACAAGGAGCCAGUAGACCCGUCCAACUGGGUCGGACUCAACAAAAUCAAACCUCUACUGGAGAACCUUAGGAACAACCUGCUGAUGUUGGCCAUGCUGGCGUUUGAGGUGACCAUCUACCGUCACCAGCAGUACUACAGACUGAGGAACAAGCUCACCGCGCCCGCCGCUCGCAUCAUCUUCCAUGACAUCACGCGGCAACACCUCGACAACGGCAUCGUCAACUGUGCCAAGUACUUCAUCAACUACUUCUUCUACAAGUUCGGGCUGGAGACAUGCUUCCUACUGGCGGUGAAUGUGAUUGGCCAGCGUAUGGACUUCUAUGCUGUGCUGCAUGCCUUCUCUCUGAUAGCCGUGAUGUACAGACGUAGGAGGAAAGCUAUAGCUGAGAUCUGGCCUAAAUACUGUUGUUUCCAGGCCUGUAUUCUAACCUGGCAGUACUUUGUGUGCAUCGGGAUACCACCUGCAGCUUGCAAAGACUACCCAUGGAGGUUCCCAAACUCUGCAAUGGACUCCAACGUCAUCAAGUGGCUUUAUUUCCCUGACUUCCACACCAACCCCAACCCAAUCUUUCUCGUCUAUGACUUCAUGCUCCUCCUCUGCGCCUCACUCCAGAGGAGUGUAUUUGAUGAGGAGAACAAGGCAGCUGUCCGUCUCAUGGCCGGAGACAACGUGGAGAUCUGCAGAGACCUAGACGCGGCCUCGUUCAGCGUUCACAACCCUGUGCCUGACUUCAUACACUGCAGAUCCUACCUGGACAUGCUGAAGGUGAUUAUGUUCAGCUACCUGUUCUGGUUCGUCCUCACCAUCAUCUUCAUCACCGGCACCACACGUAUCAGCCUCUUCUGUUUGGGCUAUCUGGUGGGAUGUUUCUACUUCCUGCUGUUCGGCGGGGAGCUGCUGCUCAAGCCAAUCAAAAAGAUCCUCCACUACUGGGACUUCCUGAUCGCCUAUAACGUGUUUGUGAUCACCAUGAAGAAUAUCCUGUCUAUCCUGGCCUGUGGCUACAUCAAUGUCCUGGUGGUAAAUAACUGCUGGCUGAUCCAGCUCCUCAGUCUGGCCUGCACCAUCAAGGAGUAUAAGGUCGUGACCUCACUAGCUGCGGACGGUGGUAAGAAGUGUGAUCUGCCCAGCGACGAGGCUGGGAUCAUCUGGGACAGCAUCUGUUUUGCCUUCCUGCUGUUGCAGAGACGCGUCUUCAUGAGUUACUACUUCCUACAUGUGGUGGCUGACAUCAGGGCAUCACAGAUACUGGCCUCCAGAGGGGCUGAAUUGUUCCAGGCUACUAUAGUGAAGGCAGUGAGAGCCAGACUGGAGGAAGAGAACAAGUCUAUGGAGCAGCUGAAGAGACAGAUGGACCGUAUAAAGCAGCGCCAGGAGAAGUUUAAGAGUGGGAAGAAAAAGAUGUUGAGCCUGGCCCAGGAAUCUGGGGACAGAGAGAACCCCAUCCAGCCGCAGGAAUCUGGGGACAGAGAGAACCCCAUCCAGCCACAGGAGCAGGAGGAAGAGGAUGAUGGAGCAGAGCGAGAAAGAGAGAAAGAGAAAGUGAAAGAAACAGAAACAGCCAAGACUAAAAAAAGGCAGUGGUGGCGGCCUUGGGUUGACCACGCCUCCAUGGUGAGAAGUGGAGAUUAUUACUUGUUUGAAACUGACAGUGAAGAAGAGGAGGAAGAGGAGGAGAAAAGAGAGGAUCAAGAGCUGCCCAAGAAGUCAGCGUUUCAGCGAGCUAUUGGGAAGUUUGCCUCAGCCCUUAUAGCUCUGCCCAGAUCUAUCAUUAAACUGCCCAAAACCAUCCUUCAGUAUGUAAUCAGGGCAGCCAAGUUUUUCUACCAUGCCUGGAUAACAGACUCCAAGACGGCCAUGAAGGAACGAGGCAAAGAGAAGCGUAAGUUCUGGAAGAGGUACACCAAGAGAGACAAACACAAGAAGGACAAGAAGGAAGGUCAUGUGACUAUAGAGAUGGAGGAAGAUCCGGAGGGAACACAGGAGAAGAAGUCUGACGGACCAGACAACGUCUUGAAGCGAGUGUUCAACAUAAUCAAGUUCACCUGGGUAUUGUUCCAGACCACGGUGGAGAGCUUCACCAAGUGGAUGAACAAUGUGUGUAGAGAACACAUAGACAUCUCCACCGUGUUGCGCAUUGAGAGAUGCAUGCUCACUAGAGAGGUCAAAAAGGGCAACGUCCCGUCCAGAGAGAGUAUCCAUGUGUUCUACCAGAAGCAGAUGCGUAUGAGCAUGUCUCGGGGGUCCAGCCUGGACCGGCUCAGUGAGGAGGACAGUGCGUCGGGGGGGUCUCACAGGGUCCACAGGAGGAGAGGCGACUAUCGCAUGGAGAGCCAGGACAGCAUGGCAUCGUUGGCAUCACGAGACAGCAUAUCCAGUGCCUACACUGAGGCCACCAUGCUGUUCUCCCGCCAAGACACGCUGGACGAGCUGGACGGAAUGCCGUCAGACGUUCCCAUUCCCAAAACCAGUGAACGUGCCCGGCCAAAACUCCGUAAGAUUUACGGCCUGGACGCCUCCAAAUCAACUGACAGCAGCAGCAGCCAAGUGUCCAGUGAAACGACCCAGUGCAUCACUCUGUACUCCCGGCAGGGCACCACCGACACCAUUGAGGAGGUGGAGGACGAACAGGACCAGGUGGAAAACAGGCUGCACGGACCCUGGGAACACCCACCUCCGGAGGGGUCAGAGGGGGCUAAAGACAGCCCCUGGCGGGGUGGAGGAGAUGGUAGUGAUGGAGAGACCACAGAGGAGAGGAAGCGGUACCAGGGCCAGGGGGAUCCAUGGGGGUCUCCAGGCCCAGGGGAGGGCCCCUCCUUCAGGGUAGAGGAAGGAGCCUCAACCCUCCUGGCCUUACGAGAAGGGUCCCGACCAGGGUCCCAGGACUGUACCACUGACAGUGACGACGGGGGUGUCCAGGACCGGCAAGAAUACUUGAAUAGGGAAGAGCGUGACCGGGCGGGGUUGCUGUACACCCCAGACACGGAUGCUCCAAACACCUCGGAUGCUGAUGUGCCUCCCAGCUACAGCAAGGCGGUGAGCUUUGACCGUCUGGAGGUGAGUGAGGAUGAGAGCGACAGGGACGACAAUCGGAUGAUGGCGAUGACCCCAGACACCAGCCGGUCAGACUAUCUGGACGACCCUUUGCUGCCCUCACGGACCACUGAGCUGACCGCCAGCGAACUGCUGCUCAACAAGAUGUUCCAUGAUGAGGAGCUAGAGCGGUCGGAGCGGUUCUAUGUGGGCCAGCCCCUGGUGCUCCAGUUGGUCUAUGCCCUGUAUAACAUGCUGGUGGCCCACUCUGAGAUGGUGUGUUACCUAGUCAUCAUCCUCAACAACAUGCUGUCAGCCUCCUGCGUCACCCUGGUCCUCCCCAUCCUCAUCUUCCUCUGGGCCAUGCUGUCGGUACCUAGACCCAGUAAGAGGUUCUGGAUGACUGCCAUCGUAUACACUGAGGUCACCAUCGUCAUCAAGUAUUUCUUCCAGUUUGGCUUUUUCCCCUUCAACCAGAACCCGAAGGUGGACGUGAAUAAACCCUACCACCCUCCAAACAUCAUCGGAGUGGAGAAGAAAGAUGGAUACGUCGUCUAUGACCUCAUACAACUUCUGGCGCUCUUCUUCCACAGGUCCAUCCUGAAGUGUCAUGGUCUAUGGGACGAAGACAACCUUAAGGACACCAAGAAGGAGAUCCUCCGCAGGGACACUGAGUCAGAGGACGAUGAGAGGAGGGAGAUGGAGGCCACUCCCGUCCCUUCCACCCACCGCGAGAGGAAGGGGUCCACACAGACCCUCAGGUCUAUAAACCUGGGCAUGGGCACCUCCGUGGACUCUGUACACGUCCCCAUGCACAACCCCCAGCAACAGCAGCAGACCUACCAGAGAAGAAAGAGCUCCAGUGGAGGGUCUCAUAUCUCCCACCGCUCAGUCCACUCUGUACGCUCCAAGAGAGGCAGCACUAACUCCAGGAACAGUAGCCAUAGAGACGGGAGCGAGUCAGUGCAGCAGAAGACUAAGAAACAGCUGAUCAAGGAGAAACUCAGAGAACAGAUGAUCAAAGCCAAGACCUUCACUAUCAAAAGGACCAUGGAGGUGUACCUGCCCAUCCGUCAGUUCUUCUACAACCUGGUCCAUCCAGAGUACAGCGCUGUAACAGACGUCUAUGUUCUAAUGUUCCUGGCCGACACCGUCGACUUCAUCAUCAUCGUCUUCGGCUUCUCUGCUUUUGGGAAACACUCAGCGGGAGCAGACAUCACUUCGUCCCUGUCGGAGGACCAGGUUCCCGGAGCCUUCCUGGUGAUGGUUCUGAUCCAGUUUGGGACCAUGGUGGUGGACCGGGCCCUGUACCUCAAGAAGACAGUGCUGGGGAAGGUCAUCUUCCAGGUGAUCCUGGUGUUCGGGAUCCACUUCUGGAUGUUCUUCAUCCUCCCCGGACUCUCAGAUAGGCGUUUCAAUGAGAACACAGUAGCCAAGCUAUGGUACUGUAUCAAGUGUAUCUACUUUGGGCUGUCAGCCUAUCAGAUCCGCUGUGGCUACCCCACCAGAGUCCUGGGUAACUUCCUCACCAAGAGCUACAACUACGCCAACCUCUUCCUGUUUCAAGGGUUCCGUCUGAUCCCGUUCCUGACUGAGCUGCGUGCGGUGAUGGACUGGGUCUGGACCGACACCUCUCUGUCUUUAUCCUCUUGGAUCUGUGUGGAAGACAUCUACGCUCACAUCUUCGUCCUCAAGUGCUGGAGGGAGUCAGAGAGGAGAUACCCCCAGCCGCGGGGCCAGGCGAAGAAGCCGGUGGUGAAGUACGGGAUGGGAGGGAUGAUCGUCAUGCUCUUGAUCUGUAUCAUCUGGUUCCCUCUACUCUUCAUGUCUCUGGUCAAGUCUGUGGUGGGGGUGGUCAACAAACCACUGGACGUCUCCUUCUCCAUCACCCUGGCCGGGUUCCAGCCCAUCUUCACAAUGAGUGCUCAGCAGAACCAGCUCAGAGAAGUCUCCAACCAUGAAUUCCAUAACACAUUCAUGAGGUCAUACCUCAGCGACCCUGAAGCGAUGCAGUGGUUGGAGUCCUACAUGCCAGAGGACCUGACCAUAGCUGAGUUGGAGGGCAGCUCUAACAGUCUGUGGACCAUCAGUCCUCCCAGUAGAACUAACAUCAUGAAGAUGCUCAGCUCCAAGGAGCAGUUCCCCAUCACUGUAGCUUGGUCUGUCCAACGGAACCCGACUCUGGGAGCGAAGGCUGAGUUUUCUACAGGGAAGAAGGUGAUGUUUCUGGAUGAUAAGACCAAGCUGGAGCUAUUCCUACUGCUCAAUGGGACCAGAAAAGACGGAGUGGUGAUAAAACAUGGCUUCCAACGGUAUCUCCGAGCCCCUACUGACUCUGAGGCCAAACCUAUAGAACAGCUGUCUACAGAGGAAGUAUCCAUCACUUUGGCAUUAGAGCGUUUACAUAAUGACUCAGAGGGGGUCCAGGAGUGGUGGAUCGUGAAUCAGACUAGUCCGGGAAAGAUCAACGUUCGUAGCCCCAAGAAUCUGUACAACGCUGGGCUGGAGCUCUAUGUCUUCAGCGAUCAGGUCAGCCCUCCUAGUCUGGGCUUUCUGGCUGGAUACGGGAUCAUGGGUCUGUACGCCUCCGUGGUGCUCGUCAUCGGUAAGUUCGUCCGUGAGUUCUUCAGCGGUAUCUCCCACACCAUCAUGUUCGAGGAGCUGCCCAACGUGGACCGUAUCCUGAAGCUCUGCACCGACAUCUUCCUGGUCCGAGAGACGGGAGAGCUGGACCUGGAGGAAGACAUGUACGCUAAACUCAUCUUCCUCUAUCGCUCGCCUGAGACUAUGAUCAAAUGGACCAGGGAAAAGACUCAGUGAGCUUGGCUGUAAAAGGCUAGAAGUUUCAAUCCCCUUUCAAUGUGGAUAGAAGUUUAAAAGUAUUAACCUCCCACUGGUCUCUGGGAUGUUGAAGUUAUGGAUGGGACUCGAUCAGUCCAGACAGACCGUUUUUGCUGACACUUUAGUCAGUUCUUAACUGUUAGUAAUUUUUAUGGAAGUAGACCUCCGAGGAGGAAGGAAGGGCCAAAGCUUGCCGGCCCCUGUUGCAACAAAAAAAAGAAACUUCUUCGAUUUCAUUUCAGCAAGCCAUGACACCGACCAGCUCAGAUUUUUCUGAAAUAGUCUGUAGUUUGAUAAAGAUGAUAUAAACAUUCCUGCAACAUUAUUUUGUUGAAAGACAAUUUGAAAUCUGAGAAAUUAAGCUAAUUGAUUGCACACAAAUCAUCCAUUUCAAUUUAAAUACCAAACAUCCAAUUUGGACCAAACCACUUAUUUGGAUUUGUUUGGGGGGGGUUACAGGCACAACAUGCAUGUCAAUUUACACAUCUAGUUUAUACCACAUGUACCCACAGCCAAACAUCACCCCCAACUCCCCAUCCCAUUCCCCCCCAGCCCAACAUCACCCCCAACUCCCCAUCCCAUUCCCCCAGCCAAACAUCACCCCCAACUCCCCAUCCCAUUCCCCCCAGCCCAACAUCACCCCCAACUCCCCAUCCCAUUCCCCCAGCCAACAUCACCCACAACUCCCCAUCCCAUUUCCCCUCAUGUCUCCAUCCAAUCCCCCUGCAGCCUCUCCCCCUAGUUAGGACUGACGUGUAAAUAUUUAAAAAAGGAGUUGCCUAGUCAUGUGUAUGUGUCUCUCAAAUCUUGUAAUGUUUUUAAACCAUUACUGUCCAUGAUAUCAGCAAGGGUACAGAUUCCACAUUUGGACCAUUGGGGUGAUGUAAAAUACCGCCGUCCAGAUCGCAAGGCAUUAUUGUGAAAUAUUGGACUAUGGGUAUUCCAUUUUGAUUCCCAGUUACAUUGUUUUUCAAUUUUGCGCCGAAUAUAGAUUGUGUUCGCAAUAAUAGGAUCAUUUACAUUGUUUGAGGGAUAUAUCAAUGACGACCACCUCUUCCAGGGCAAUAGGAUACACCAUAUUUCUCUCUAUACUCAACCAGAGGACAGAAGAAUCAUGUCUAAACCAAUUUAGGAUGGGACGAAAAGCUAGUGUCUGGAAAUACCAUUUAAAGUUUGGUACAGAUGGUCCACUUCCUGUUAUUACUGAGGGAUCGGAAUAUAGUAUUUGAAUCACAUUAAUGAAAUUGGAGCCAAGUCCCAUAUGUUACAAAACCGACCAAAGAUAUGAUCAUUCUAGUAUAUCAAAAGAUAUGACUAUUGUGGUCUAUCAAAAGAUAUGACCAUUCUGGUCUAUCAAAAGAUAUGAUCAUUCUAGUCUAUCAAAAUAUAUGAUCAUUCUAGUCUAUCAAAAGAUAUGACCAUUUUGGUCUAACAAAAGAUAUGAUCAUUCUAGUCUAUCAAAAGAUAUGAUCAUUCUAGUCUAUCAAAAUAUAUGAUCAUUCUAGUCUAUCAAAAGAUAUGACCAUUCUGGUCUAACAAAAGAUAUGAUCAUUCUAGUCUAUCAAAAGAUAUGACCAUUCUAGUCUAUCAAAAGAUAUGAUCAUUCUAGUCUAUCAAAAGAUAUGAUCAUUCUAGUCUAUCAAAAGAUAUGAUCAUUCUAGUCUAUCAAAAGAUAUGACCAUUCUAGUCUAUCAAAAGAUAUGAUCAUUCUAGUCUAUCAAAAGAUAUGAUCAUUCUAGUCUAUCAAAAGAUAUGAUCAUUCUAGUCUAUCAAAAGAUAUGAUCAUUCUAGUCUAUCAAAAGAUAUGACCAUUCUAGUCUAUCAAAAGAUAUGAUCAUUCUAGUCUAUCAAAAGAUAUGACCAUUCUAGUCUAUCAAAAGAUAUGAUCAUUCUAGUCUAUCAAAAGAUAUGACCAUUCUAGUCUAUCAAAAGAUAUGAUCAUUCUAGUCUAUCAAAAGAUAUGACCAUUCUAGUCUGUCAAAAGAUAUGACCAUUCUAGUCUAUCAAAAGCUUGUUCUGUGUUGAGGGCUAGAACUGCCCAAGGAGCUUUGGUUUCUGAUGAAGCAUGCUAGAUAUGUAAUAGAUGGUGUUUUUUUUAACAAACCCGCUUUGGUCCGCAUGUACACCAAUUUGGGUAAGUUUCGAGACAGGAUGACAGAAUAAAUAUAUAUAUAUAUAUAUAUAUAUUAUCUGUGUUUAUCAAAGAUAGGGGGGCGACUGGGUGGUUUCCUUAACUUAAAAAAAAAUUAAAAUUAAAAUGAAAUUAGUGGUGUAUUUGCAUCCCUUCUAAAUAAACCUUUGUGAACUGCUUUGUUCAUCAUUUCAAUUAACAGUGGACCUAAUUGGUUCCAACAUGUUAAAUAGACCUCAGGAAGAAUAUCAUCCGAACCAGAUGAUGUGUCUUUAUCCAUGGCAUCCAUGGUAUCCAAUGCCCUUUUUGAGUUCAUGGAGAGAGAUUUGGGCUCCCAGCGAGCUGGUUUCCUCAAUUGCGAGGAAGAGGAGUUUGUAUAUCUUUUUGAAAACAACUUGAUCUAGAUCGGUGUGGGUUUACAAUCAGAACUGUACAAUUCUUUAUAGAAACGGGAAGUAUCUUUGGUUGAUUCAUUUGAGUUCUGAUAGUAAUUCAGAUUCAGUAGUUUGCAAUGUCCCGAUAAUUGAUCAUUGCUGUGUAGUUUUACUGGGUCCGUUACCAUGGAAAUAAUGGUGGAGUCUAACUCCAUGGAUGGAACAUUCUACGGUCUGUCAAUACUAUUGACCAGAUAUUUUGGAUUCCUCACUUCUUAAUCAUUGCAGAGAAGAAGUUUGGUCCAAAUUGGAUGUUGGAAUUUUGAAAAGAAUCCUAUACACUUCAAUUGCCAAUUUGGGAUGCAUUCAAUUAGCUUAAUUCCUCAGAGUUCAAAAAGUCUUUCAACAAAUAUAAUGUUUCAGGAAUGCUAAACUUCUCUGUUUCUAACUACAGAAACGAUUUCUGAAAAAUCUGAGAUGUUGGGUGUGGAAAUCUUAUUUCUUGUGCUUUUUUUUUGUGUUUUUUGUUUGAGGUGGAAGAAUUAAACUGCCUUAGGACACAAAAACACUAUUGGACAAUAAAGUGACUGAGGCGUCAAGAAACAAAGAGAGUUGGGACAACGAAACAGGGUCUUCUCUGAUCACACACGGGAGGGCGAUGAUUUAGAGCUAAAGAGCUGUAACACCAAUGUCCUGUGAGACGACAGCGACUUCAUCCCUGUCCCUGUCUCGUUCCUAGUUGUCUUUGCUGACAACAGCAGUGUGGAUUAUACAGGUCAGUGUUUUAAUGAAAAAAGGGCUUCCCACCAAUGGAUGAUGACCAUGAGGAGGAACUUACAUAGGAUUGGUCUGUUCAGAUUUCCAACUUCUUCCCCAUUGGAGCUCCUGGAUUGUGGGGUUGUGCAAUGCAAUAUUAUAGAGCUCUUCUUCAAGGCCUACUUUUAGACUGACAUUUUGAACUACGUUGUCAUGGUUACGUACGAGGCAGCUUCUCACCAAGACUAUAGUCGAUUGCGCCAUCUGAGGCUAUGAUAAGGCAGACAGCUACUUAAAUGCAUUGUUCGACAAUCUAUUACAUGCCUUAUUUGGUUUGUUUGUAUGAGCAACUAAACCUGUGUAGGAUUGGAAAAUUGCAGUAACUUUUCCCACAAAUUAACACAGGUUUUUCCAGAAAUUCCAGUUGGAGAAUUCCCAGAAUGAGGAAGGAAUAAGCAGAAAUUCCAGAAUCCUCCAACCAGGAUUUCAGGAAAACCUGGGAAUUUUGUGGAAAGUUAACCAGAAUUUUGGAAUCCUUAAACCUGCGUUAAUUAUUGGAUAUGAUCUCUCUCAGGAAAAGAGUUGUUGUUUCAUCAUGAAAGGGUUCAUGCUUAUUCAUUCCAAUGUCUAGAACAGAAACAUUCAUUUGAUGUAAUGGGGUUGAAUGAAUGCAUUUUUAAAGAUCAUAAACAUAAUUAAAUAUAAUUUGAAAAAAGCAUGAAAUGAGACUAGAGGUCACGGUCAAUGUUGUUAUUAACUUGAGAUGGAUCUAUUUCCUGGUUAUUAUUAUUGACCAAGAGACAACAACUCUAGACUGUACAUAACUGAGAAGAUUAACCUUGUGGCCUCCUGUCUGUGUAUACAGAGGCAGAUAUCGCAGUGGUUUUAAAUAGAUGGAUGGUCAGAGGUUGACAUUUUUGGGACAAUUUUGGGAUACUGGCUAUGUUUAGGAUAGAGAUUAUGUUUAGGAUAGAGAUUAUGUUUAGGAUAGAGGUUAUGUUUAGGAUAUGUUUAGGAAACAGGAUAUGUUUAGGAUACAGGUUAUGUCCACAAUGAUUAUAACAUGUUAUAAUGCUGGUCUAUUCGACUCGAAGGACCAAUUUAUCUGAGAGGAAACUUAGUCAAUAUUUUCCAGUUGGAGCAGAGCCAAGGGGAGGGGGGGCAGGUUUUUGACGUUUUGAGUCAGGGUAUCAUCAAGCUACUGGACUGGCGCAUUCUCAUGGACACUGGUGAUGCACAAUAAUAUUAUUAUUAUCAUUUUUCAACUUCUUCCAUGGUUUGUAGAACUCCCACCUCAUGAACAGGAUGACUUCCGUAUGACUUCGUUAUGACUUCGUUAUGACUUUGUUGUGACUUCGUUAUGACUUCGUUAUGACUUCGUUGUGACUUCCGUAUGACUUCGUUAUGACUUCGUUGUGACUUCGUUAUGACUUCGUUAUUCGUUAUGGCUUCGUUAUGACUUCGUUUUCGUUAUGACUUCAUUAUGACUUCAUUAUGACUUCGUUGUGACUUCGUUAUGACUUCAUUAUGACUUCAUUAUGACUUCAUUAUGACUUCAUUAUGACUUCGUUGUGACUUCGUUAUGACUUCAUUAUGACUUCAUUAUGACUUCAUUAUGACUUCAUUAUGACUUCGUUGUGACUUCGUUAUGACUUCAUUAUGACUUCAUUAUGACUUCGUUGUGACUUCGUUAUGACUUCAUUAUGACUUCAUUAUGACUUCGUUGUGACUUCGUUAUGACUUCAUUAUGACUUCAUUAUGACUUCGAUGUGACUUCGUUAUGACCGUUAUGACUUCAUUAUGACUUCGUUAUGACUUCGUUAUGACUUCCACUCAACCAGGUAUUACUUCAGUUUCAUCAACACAAGAGGAGGAGCGGCACUAUAAUAAAAGAAAGGAGACGGAGAAAAUAUCCCAUCCAUAGAAAACAUAAACAUUGUUUGUUUGUUUGGACCUUUGGUCUGAGCGAUGCAUUAGAGGACAUUGUAGCAUGAAAGAAAAAAAGAGAAGAAAAAAAAUGUCUAUUAUUGUCAUGAGGAAUUUUCAUUACCUAGCAGUUUUAGAGGAGGGAGGGAGGGGGUGAACAGUGAACUGUCCUGUUGGCUGUAUGUUUUAAAAGAGUUUUAAAGGAGUUGUAUGUUUUUAAGGUUUAAAGUGGUAUACUUUUAAUGAUCCAUUAUGGAAACAUGAUAUUCGUUUAUUGGUUAAUUGGUUAAUUGGUUAAUUGGUUAUGGUCCUGUGGUUCACAAAUAAAACACAAAGAAAGGUUAACUUUGAGCUUUUAAAAAGCUUCAGUUUCUUGUUUUUUGCCCUUUUUAUUUUGAGACCCAGUAUUAUGUUGACUAACUUCAGAUACAGAAAUCAUGAAUGAUUAUCAAUUGUUAGUUUAUACUUUAUGGUUAUGACUAUGUAAU